AGAGAGAGAGAGAGAGAGAGAGAUCUACGACCUGACCAAGGCCCCUCCCAACCUCUUCAACAUCAUGCUCAAGGCCUACGAGAGGGGGUCCCUCAUGGGCUGCUCGCUGGAGCCCGACCCCAACGAAGUGGAGGCCCGCUGCACCAACGGCCUCGUGCGCGGCCACGCCUACUCCCUCACCCGCAUCCAGACCUCUUAUAAUUCCCUCUCACUCUUCUUAGAAUUCCCUCUCCUCCUGUUUAUUCUCCUCUUUAAUUCUCUCUCCUGUUUAUUCUCCUGUUUAUUCUCCUCUCUAAUUCUCUUAUCUUCCCCCCCAGCCCGACCCCAACGAAGUGGAGGCCCGCUGCACCAACGGCCUCGUGCGCGGCCACGCCUACUCCCUCACCCGCAUCCAGACCUCUUAGAAUUCCCUCUCACUCUUCUUAGAAUUCCCUCUCCUCCUGUUUAUUCUCCUCUUUAAUUCUCUCUCCUGUUU